AUGGAGAUCCUAAUACAGCUUUUGAAGCCAUUUCUAUUCAUUUACCAAUUUUUUGAGAGGAUCUUUUGGUCAGGUCUUAAUGAAAGGAGUAUACUUGGCCUCAUACUAAAUUUUUGGGCCAACUUCGGUCCCGUAUUCAUUUGGUUACUUAUAUUUAAAAAUGCAGGAUUAAUACCUCACUCGAUACGUCCCACUAUACACGUGGCUUUACCGUAUCACAUUGACACGUUUAUGUUUUCAUCAUGGCUUGGUGCUAUUAUUUGCAUUCCAAGUUUCAUAAUAAUUGGCUGGUUAAUGUAUGUGGGGAUCUAUAAACAGAAAGGAAAGACAGGUAUUGCUUUGUCAAAGUACUUACCAUUGAAGGGAGAAGUUAAUGAGGAGGUUGCAUCAGAAGAGGGAAGUUCAUCAUUUGACAUUGAGAUGGACUCAUUUGAUGGAAGUGGUGAUUUGGAGGCGGGGACAAUUUCGUCAUCCGUCAAGCCACCACCAGAGACUAAUUUUCAAAAUGAUAUACAUAUCAAUAACUUAACCUUUUUCCAACCACUCGAUACAAGCGUUGUUAAUAACAUGGCCAUGACUGUCAAUGAAAAGAUUGCUGAAAAACAACAACAAUAUGGUUAUAACUGGAAGAUUCCUCGCAAUUGUUGGUAUUUGUCAGCCCCAGUACUACUAGCCACUUGCUGGUUUAUUCUUAAUAUUGAUUACUGGUUUAGAGAACCCAUUCGUACAUGGAAAGAUUUACUUGCAUGGGCAUCAUAUGUAUUAGGACAUAUUACUGUCCCAAUAAUAACGGCAGUAUGGCUUUAUGUAUUCCAUGCUCCGGGAGUAUUAAAAUCCUACGGAUGGGCCCUUGGGUUUCAAAAUAUCUGUGGUGUGCUCACUCACUUGUUGUUUCCAUGUGCACCACCAUGGUUCAUUCACUUGAAUGGGGAAGAUGCGGCCGCUAAUUAUGAUUUACCUGGAUACGCUGCAGGGUUAACCCGUGUUGAUGUCGCGUUAGGUACGCACUUGAAUAGCAAAGGUUUCCAUGCGUCACCAAUAGUAUUUGGAGCAGUUCCAAGUUUACACUCAGCCAUGGCAGUGAUGACAUUCCUUUUUGUUUCAUAUUAUGCUCGGUGGACUGUAGUUAAACUAAUUGCAUUUGCAUUUGUUGUUUUGCAAUGGUGGGCAACAAUCUACUUGGAUCAUCAUUGGAGAUUGGACCUCUUUGUUGGAAUGUGUUAUGCAUUGAUUUGGUUUUCAAUCAUGUAUAAAUUACGUUUGGCAAAAGUUAAUGAAUCAUUUUUGCAACUGAGAUUGCUGUAUAAUUUUGCAAAGGGAAGUACUAUGGGAAUGAGGGUAUUCCGAAACACUAAAUUGCAAUGGUUUUUUGAUCCACUUAGUUAA